AUGACAGUCUUUUCGCAGAAGUCGGGAGGGAAGAUUUUCAAGCUGGCUCCUUUCAAGCUGCGCUUCGCGAAGCGCACGAAGUCGCGCGGAGAGGGCGAAGCGAGUCGCAGCAACAGCGUGGAGUGCGAGGAAACUAAUCAGCAACAAGUCGAACCCGUUCAAUCGCUGGUCAAUUCUAAUAGUAGACCAGGAACUCCAGCCACGGAAGGGAAUCUUGUUACCACCGGAAACGCGAUUCCCAACUCGCCGCCGCCAUCUUACGAGCACGUUCUCGAAGAAACGCGACUUGUACAGUCGACCAGCAACACGCAAGAAACGGAGGAACAGGACGAGGAGAUGGAGGAGCAGAUGAGACAGGAAAGAAUGGCGAUUCGAGAAAGUAGCACAGGAAGUGGAGGAGGUCCUGGAGCGACGAUAAGAACCCCUGCGAAGGGUCCAGAAAUCCUGCACAAAUCCAGCAAAGAACUGUACAGAGCCGUGGCAAAACAAUGGGGAAUCACUUGUAAGAUGAGCGAUCAUUGCAGAUGCCUCGACUGCCAGAGUCAUUAUUUCGACUGCGAGUACGAAAAGGACGAGCAGGAGAAGACGGAUGGCGGACUCGGGGCUGGGACACCUAUGUUCAUCUCUGAAAUGAUGCAUGGGGCAACUUGUGUCAUCUUGUAAGUCAUCGAAGGGAAUGAUCUUGACUGUUAUC